AUGGACCCACACGCUAAAUCCUUCCAAAAGAAAAAGCUCUUCUACGUUCUCACAAGUGCAGGAAAACCCGUCUGGACUCGAUAUGGCGAAUGUGCAGACCUUGCAGUUUUUAUUGGUGCAUUGGCUGCAAUUAUCUUCAAAUUUCAGAGCUAUUAUAAUGGUGUUAAAGACUCCUUGCGGUAUCUCCGCACAUCUGAUACAUAUAUAGUAAUCUUGUGCACCGAAGCUUUAUAUUAUGUAUGUAUUUCCAGAGGUAAAGACAGCAUUGAAUCUAUCUACCAUCAAUUAGAAAUGCUGCAUGCAAAAGUUUUGUCAACUUUAACAAGCAGCAUUACACAGACUUUACUAAGCCGCCCUGGAUUUGACGUAGGAAACCUUAUGGGAGGAACUCACGAUGCACUUGACACCUUAAUCCGGACAAGUGCUAUAAGUCCUUGUUUUCUUGAAGGAUUCAUGCCGGUGAGGAUGCCAAUAUCUCAGCGGUCUCAAAUCAGCCAAGCAUUUAAAAACAGCAAUCACGAGGAUAUCUUGUAUGGAUUCCUAAUGACCCCUGAGUUCAUGAUUUACAAGUACUGCAGAAGAGGGGAGCAAAUCCACCCAAUUGAUAUAUUUUUGCUGACUAAUUUGCUGACUUCUUAUGCUUCAUUGAGGUCGACUAUGUCUUGGACUCCGAUUUGUCUUCCUAAUUAUAAUAAUGAAGGAUUUGUGUAUGCUUAUAUCACUUUUAUUCAGGACACGAAGAUAGGAAUUAUAUUGAUAUCAGAUAAUGCGAGUGCUUUUAAAGAUCUUAAAUUUUGUGCAGACGGGAUUGAAAAAGAAAUUGUGAGCCUUAUCCCUGUCCUGAUGGAUGCUAUAAGAAUGAUGCCAUACUCAAUCACUACUUGUGAAGCAGCCGAUUUUAAGCAUUUUUUGUAUAUGCCUAAAGGAGAUCAAUAUUCCAUGCCAAGUUUUUAUCCAUCAACAAGGACGAUUUUGGCUGAAAUUCCUAUUGAAUGUUAUAAGAAAACUCUGAGAAGAUAUUAUUCUGCUUUUAAGCUUUCGAAAUGUGCAGAAUACUUCAAAGGAUAUUAUGUCCGAAUUGAUAUUUAUAGAAAUGAGCAAAUCGUGUGCAUAAGACAGCCAGAAUAUACCUUGCUUGGAUCGAUAUCACCUCUUAUUUCGAGUGCAAGUGUAGUGCAAAGCGUUAACCAGCUGCUGAGAUGGCUGAAGUCAGAAGAACAAAAUCUAUUUAUUAAGUAG